AUGACUAGAGCUAAAAUAGAACUUGGCGACGUAACACCGCAUAAUAUAAAACAGUUGAAAAAGUUAAAUACAGUCGUAUUUCCAGUAUCUUACAAUGACAAGUUUUACAAAGACGUUUUGGAAGCUGGCGAACUUGCGAAACUAGCAUAUUACAAUGACAUCGUCGUUGGUGCAGUGUGCUGUAGGAUAGACACGUCGGAGAACUCUCGGAGGCUAUAUAUAAUGACUCUGGGCUGUUUGUACCCAUAUAGGAGAUUGGGAAUCGGAUCUUUGAUGGUGGAACAUGUGCUCAAGUAUGUUGAACAAGAUGGAAAUUUCGACAGUAUUUUCCUGCAUGUACAAGUAAAUAAUGAAGGUGCAAUAGAUUUUUACAAGAAAUUUGGCUUUGAAAUUGUUGAAACAAAAGAACAUUACUACAAAAGAAUAGAACCAGCUGACGCUCAUGUAUUGCAAAAGACAAUCAGACUGACCAAUGCCGCCGCACCUCUUCUGAACGGUACUGUUUCACAUGCCAAAACGAACGGACAUGAUUGA